GAAACGCUCCCAAAUUGUAUCUCAUAAUCCCGAAUGACUAAUAAUACUAUCAUAUUAUCAAAAAGAUAAGCGAGAAUCAAGGGGAUCAAAUUAUUAUGACCGAACACCAAGAUAAAGAUGUCAAACUUCAUCAGUAAUUGGACCUUGAAUCUUGAUAUAACUGGCAAAUUUUCAUGAAGCUGAUUCAACUCCGUUCCAUCUAAAAUCGAAGAUAACACAACUCAAAGAAUUUUCAAAAUGACCUCUCAGCCAUACGAUGAAAAAACGCCUUUAGAUGUCAAAAGCGCCAAAGGUCUCCAUCUUGUCACGGAGAACACACCCAAUGGCCAGAAAGUACAAAUAUUGCUUGAAGAGUUAGCGGAUGCAUAUGGUACAGAAUGGACGACUACAUUAUUAGAUACGUCGACAAAUGAGCAAAAGAAAGAUUGGUUCCUUCGCCUUAAUCCAAAUGGUCGAAUACCAAUCAUCAUUGACAAUUUUCAAUCGCCACCAUUUCCAUUGAUGGAAACUUCUGCGGAGUUACUCUACCUUUUGAGGUUAGAUAAGAACCAUCAAUUUGGUUUCAUAGAUGAGAUCGAGCAAAGCGAGCUCUUACAAUGGUUAUUCUUCUGGCAUGGAAGUGGUGCUCCAUAUCAAGGAAAUUAUAGAUUUUUUAGCCGGGCUGAAGAACAAAGUAACUUUGCCAUUGAUCGGUUUCGAAAGGAAACCUAUCGAGUAUAUGGAGUUCUUGAACUGCAGCUUUCUGGAAAGUACACAGGGCAACCAAAAGAAUUCCUUGCUGGAAAGGAUAAGGGGAAAUACUCGAUAGCUGAUAUUGGGACUUGGGCAUGGGUGAAAAAUUGGCCAGGAAGUGGGUUUACGGAGGAAGAGAUGAAAGAAUUUCCGUCUCUACUUCAAUGGAUUGAGAGAAUUGCAGAGAGACCUGCUGUCAAACGAGGAAUUGGCGAAAAAUAUAUUGGUUCACGAUGAUGAUAUCAUCUGAAUUGUGGAUCAAAUUUUGGGAAAUAUUUUGAUUAAACUAUUUUCGUCUAUGGACCACUCUUAUAGCUAUCGCUUUAGAUUUCCCUUCUCUAUUUUUCUCGACUUUGCUACUGAGAAGAUAUGGAGCCAAAGGAAAAAAAAGAAAGGAUGAAAGUGAGCUGUCAUAUCUACAUGCUUUGUGGAUUGCCUUCCGUCCAUUGAUUUUCAAAUUUCACUUGUUCGUA